AUGCGCCGCCUUCAGCAGCAGCUCGGGCGCCGUUUUUGGACUGCGGGCUUGCUGCCAAACCCCCGUCGACGUGUAACUUCCCCAGCCCUAGGAGUAGACGUGUCAACUACACCACCGCUGCCAGGGCGUUCUUCUGUGCCUAUAGCCUCCGUGGCACCUCCUCCUACUGAGGUGUUGAGGGCUGCGCCCGCUGCCCCCGCUGCACCCAAGGCUGCGCCCGCUGCCCCCGCUGCACCCAAGGCUGCGCCCGCUACCCCCGCUGCGCCCAAGGCUACGCCCGCUGCACUGAAGGCUGCGCCCGCUGCACCCAACACUGCGCCCCCACCCAAGCUGCGCCCGCUGCCCCCGCUGCACCCAAGGCUGCGCCCGCUGCACAAGGCUGCGCCCGCUGCACCCAACACUGCCCCCGCUGCCCCCGCUGCACCCAAGGCUGCGCCCGCUGCACUGAAGGCUGCGCCCGCUGCACCCAACACUGCCCCCGCUGCCCCCGCUGCACCCAAGGCUGCGCCCGCUGCACUGAAGGCUGCGCCCGCUGCACCCAACACUGCGCCCGCUGCCCCCGCUGCACCCAAGGCUGCGCCCGCUGCCCCCGCUGCGCCACAGGCUACGCCCGCUGCACUGAAGGCUGCGCCCGCUGCACCCAACACUGCCCCCGCUGCCCCCGCUGCACCCAAGGCUGCGCCCGCUGCACUGAAGGCUGCGCCCGCUGCACCCAACACUGCGCCCGCUGCCCCCGCUGCACCCAAGGCUGCGCCCGCUGCCCCCGCUGCGCCACAGGCUACGCCCGCUGCACUGAAGGCUGCGCCCGCUGCACCCAACACUGCCCCCGCUGCCCCCGCUGCACCCAAGGCUGCGCCCGCUGCACUGAAGGCUGCGCCCGCUGCACCCAACACUGCGCCCGCUGCCCCCGCUGCACCCAAGGCUGCGCCCGCUACCCCCGCUGCGCCACAGGCUACGCCCGCUGCACUGAAGGCUGCGCCCGCUGCACCCAACACUGCCCCCGCUGCCCCCGCUGCACCCAAGGCUGCGCCCGCUGCACUGAAGGCUGCGCCCGCUGCACCCAACACUGCGCCCGCUGCACCCAAGGCUGCGCCCGCUGCCCCCGCUGCGCCACAGGCUACGCCCGCUGCACUGAAGGCUGCGCCCGCUGCCCCCGCUGCGCCACAGGCUGCGCCCGCUGCACUGAAGGCUGCGCCCGCUGCACCCACCGCUGCGCCCGCUGCCCCCGCUGCACUGAAGGCUGCGCCCGCUGCACCCACCGCUACGCCCGCUGCCCCCGCUGCACUGAAGGCUGCGCCCGCUGCCCCCGCUGCGCCACAGGCUGCGCCCGCUGCACUGAAGGCUGCGCCCGCUGCACCCACCGCUGCGCCCGCUGCCCCCGCUGCGCCACAGGCUACGCCCGCUGCCCCCGCUGCACUGAAGGCUGCGCCCGCUGCCCCCGCUGCGCCACAGGCUACGCCCGCUGCCCCCGCUGCACCCAAGGCUGCGCCCGCUACCCCCGCUGCACUGAAGGCUGCGCCCGCUGCACCCAAGGCUGCGCCCGCUGCCCCCGCUGCGCCACAGGCUGCGCCCGCUGCACUGAAGGCUGCGCCCGCUGCACCCACCGCUGCGCCCGCUGCCCCCGCUGCGCCACAGGCUACGCCCGCUGCCCCCGCUGCACCCAAGGCUGCGCCCGCUACCCCCGCUGCACUGAAGGCUGCGCCCGCUGCACCCAAGGCUGCGCCCGCUGCCCCCGCUGCGCCACAGGCUACGCCCGCUGCACCCAAGGCUGCGCCCUCUGCACCCACUUCUCCCGAUGUCUUCGGGAGGGUACAGUCACGAAAGAGAAGCGUCGCCGCUGGAGGUUAUGCUGCGGAACAGAGGUUGUCUUGGAGCGCCGGCUCGCGCCCGAAAACCGCAGUACCUCAUGAGACUGGUGCGACGCCCACGGCGGCAUGCAGACCGUCCCGGAAGCAGCUCCCUCGCCGAACAGAUGCCAAAGGUCCUGCUGUGCCUUCCCCUCCUCCCUCGCCGCCACCGGCGCCGUCUCUAUCAGCCGCACCGCCAUCACCAUCAAUUUUGCCGUCUACGCCGGCGGCACACGCUACCAUCGCGCCUCCCUACAUAAGUGAGGUUGGCGAGGUGGACGGCGAGGCGAAGGAGGGGAUGCUCUUCGAGGCUCUUCGACCCUCGCUGUCGACACGCGUCGAGGCUGCCGUACGACAGAGUAGAGCAAACCACCCUCUGAGGGCGUCCUGUAAAGCCCACCCGCCCCAGGCGGAAAAACGGGAGCCGCAUGUUCUUUGUGGGGAGACGGAGACGCACGCUGAUCCGUCCGAACUUGUCGAAGGCGCGGCUGCCGGGGAUUGGGCGUGGGCUAAGCGGGAAGAGCGGCUACAACCACUUCCAGCAUCCAUCUCCUGCAGCAUCGAUCGGCAUGAAAUCCCAGCUGAGCUGGGGGGUGAUGAGGGCCAUAAUGUCGCCGAGAACGCCCCCGCGGGGUCGUCUGCUAAUGACUUUUCUCGAGGUGAGGCCUCCGCGGCGCCUACAGACUCCGCACCGCCGUCCUCUGCAUCUGCAGCAGAGCUAUUAGAGACCGCCACAGUGGAGCGCUUGCCUGGCGAGGUGUGGUGCGGUGCAGAGGCCGCAGGCUGUGAGAAAGGCGCCACACCGCCACCACGCCCUCCAAUCGCAGACAACAGGGAUGUGUGCCUUUUAGUAUCGACUUCUGUCACACCUCAACUAUACACGAUUACGGUGCAGCUGCGAGAGCCGCCGUCAAGCCCGAUGGCCUGCGUGCAAGCUGUUUCAGGUGCAUUGGACGCGGUGGAGGCGCACUGCGACGCAGCUGUGGCCGCCCGCGCCGCAGGCAAGGUCGACUCGAGAGUGAGGGCAGCGCCAGACAUCACCGUUACGUGGUGCACUUUGCCGCAUUGCCCCUUCUUCGCAUCGACGCAGAGCCCGGCGGAGCUGCCGUUGUCGCAGCUUUUCAGCUAUGUGGCCGCCAAGGAGGCUGUGAUGAAGCGCUUCCACCACCUUGUGACACGAUUCGGGACACGUGUGCGUUUUGCAGCAGCGGCCAGCAGCGAGUCGGUGCUCGACUUUGGCGCGGAGGUUUUUUUUGCGUGCCCAGAGCGGCGGUUGCUCUCUCUGCGAGCCGCGGCGUGUGACGGCGGCGACGUGGCAGCAGCACCGGCGGAGUCAUCCUCGCCGCCCGUUGCCACUGUCUCUGUGGGGUUCCCGCUGAGCCGCGUGGGCAUUUUUCCCUCGACCUCUACGGUGGUCUCCCUGCAACGUCUCUGCGGGUCACUGCACACGGUGAAGUGGGUGCCCGUGCUGCACACAUAUGAUGUGAGCAGCCUGGCUGAUGUUGGUUUGCUGAGUAUCCCUGACGCCGCCGGUGAGGCCUCGGAAAAGCGUAAGGCGAAGCGGUGGUCGCUGGCGCUUGAGCAGCUCAUUCUCGAACACGUGUGCCAGUCAUCUGCGCAGCGUCGGUGGGCCGUGGAGAUGCUAAUGUGGAGUCGUGGCUUUCACGACACUGCGACGCGCCACAAGGCCGUUGGUGCCAUGUCCGCAGACAUUGCAGACGGUUGGUACGCAUACGCAAUGGGGGCUCUUAGUCGGAAUCCGUCAUGCACAGAAGCGUGUGCUGCAUGCGGAGAUGCUGAAGGCGCCACCGGGGUUCAGGCACUUCUGACAACACCCCCCUGCAGAGGCGCUGCUCAUGCUGUACAGGUACACUCGAGGUCUCUGAGAUGCUCGCUGCCUCCUCUGCCGCACCACCGCUUCCUCACCUUCGCGCACGUGCAGCGCUCGCUGUGGAUGCACAAAAUGCAAGCACUGGCUGCCACAGAAGAGUCCGCUGGAGCGGCUGUGCUGCUUGACUGCUCUGACAAGGCUGUGAUGGACACGUUGGAUUUGGUGGAGACGCACCUCGCUGGCACCGCCGCGCAGCGGGCUCGCUUGCCCUAUCUGAACGUCGUAUUGAUUGGCGACGCUGCCACUGCGCAGCCGAUUCUUCAACGCCUGCCUUGUGCUGCUGUUAUCUCCUCCGCGUCUGCGUUUUGUAAAAUGGGGCAUGCCUCCGUGCAGCAGGUGCGCCUGUACGCUUCGCCGAAGUGGCCGACAGAUCUUCAGCAAGACACGCUGUUGGCAGCCUUAACAUACCUCAAGCGCCGCGGAGCACCUCACGUCGUCGCCGCCGGAGCAGCACCGCAGCGGCUUUUGCUAGCACUGUGUCAGGAGGCGGUGUUGGUAGCGCGCUCGCUGCCUGAUGCCAUAGCUGUCGAAUCCGCCGCCAAGGAGCAGCUGGGCCUGUGCUUGGGACCCUUCCGGCUUAUGGACGCUUAUGGCACCGUUGCGGUCGCUUCCAUGGCUUCUGCAGAGCGGACGCGCACCGCGGCGGCCAACGAUGUGGCAACUCGAGCCACCUUGGCUCCCGUGCACCAACUGGAAAGCUGCAUGCGGUCCAUGGCCCGUGAGGGGCUGCUAGGAGCGAGAGGUGCACGUGGAGGCUUCUACGAUUCCGCUGUAGCAAUUAAUGAAGCAGUCUCCGCCGCUCCGCCGCUUCGCGAGGCGGUGCUGAACGCGUACGUCCGCCACACGACGCCGACUCAGGUGGGCAACCGACUUCGCGCGGCCGUGCUGAACGUGGCCUGCGAGCUGCUAACCCACGGCGAGGUGCAGCGGGUCGAUGAUGUUGACCUGCUGUCGAUGAGUGCCCUCGGAUGGCGGGAGGAGACCGGCGGGGUUCUUUACCAGGUAGACCAGCUGGGGGCAGAUGGCUUGCCACGAUUGGUGGAGCAAAUGACAUACUUGGCCAGGACAGGCAUUGCACCGCACCUCGCUCCUCACCCGUUGCUCCUGCGCAUGGUGACAGAGAAGGUGCGCUUCGCCGGCCUCAAGGCUAGCGGGCUGCUAUGA